AUGUAAUAUUUUAUAUAUUUAUCGUUUUUUAAUUGGAUGAUUAAAUAAGUUAUAUGGGCAUGUCUAUUAUUAGCAUGUAUAGCAGUAGAAGAUGGCCGUUAUUUCGAAUAUAUGGAGAUCGACAAAGAUGAUUUCGGCAAGACUUUGAUUGAUACAUUGGAAAUUAAUAUCUCAGGUGGACAAUCAUUGGAGAAAGUAGUUGAUUUAAUGCGUGAUUUGGAAGGUUAAAUAGACACUGAAUAAAAGGAUGAUGACAUUACUAAUCAAUAAUUUUAAAAGAAAUGUGAUGAAGAUUUGACUAAUUAAGACAGCGAGAUCAAUUAAACAUAACUAGCAAUUGUAGAGAAAUAAGGCAAAUUGGAUGAAUUGAAGAAUGCAUAAUAAAGAAAGAAAUAAAUUGCUAAUGCUAAGGAUUAAUGGUUGAAAUAAAUUUAAGAAUUAAUAUCUUAGAAAUAAACUAUAAGAAAUCAAGAAUAAGAUAGGUAUGAAUAAGAGAUGAAUGAAAAUUCAUAUGUUAUUUCUGUGAUUUCUGAAGUUAAAAAGAAAUUUACUUUAAGUGGAAUAAAUUUGAUUUAAAUUAACAACCAUGAGUCAUUGAUGGAUGAUCUAGAGAAUGCUGUGGAUGAAAGUAGGAAUUUCAGAUAGAAUACAAGAUAUUAAGAAUUGUUUGGAUUAUUUGUUUAAGUUGCAGCCAAAGUCAAAAAUGAGGGUGCAGAUAAAUUGAAAUCCUUGUGUGACUAAUUAUUAAUCAAUGUUUCUGACAAUAUGUCUUUAGUAAGAAAGUAGGAAGAUAAAAGAAAGGAAAUAUUUGAAAAGGAGAUUUCAUCUUUACAAAAGGAUUUAUAAUUAGUACAAAGUGAUAAAUCAAUGAUUGAUGCAGGAUUAGAAUAAUUAAAUAAUCAGAUCUCUAUGGGAUAAAACGAUUUGACAGAUUACAAUGCCAGAAUUGAGAGCAAAAAAUAAACUAAGGAAGAUAGAAGAAAAGAAUGCUCUUAGGCUGCUUAUGAAUACAAGUCAAGUAGAGAGUAAAAUGAUAGAAAGAGAUAAUUAGUUUCUCAAGUUAUCGGAUUAUUCAGUGCUAAUUAGAGGGAAUUUAAAGAAUAUCUGAGAAUUAGAAACGAUUGA